ACAGCAGCAGCAUCACAGCUCUGCGCUAUCUGGCACAGUGAGUCAGCUGUGCUGAUCAUAGGCACCGGCUCGCUGUCACGAAUGAAUGGAAGGAGAGAAAGAGAGGAGACCCUGAAGGAUCGAGAGAGAGAGAGAGAGAGAGAGAGAGAGGGGAGCAGUGAUGAAGCCCUGGAGAGAGUGACAACUAGGUAGCUGCUGAAAUUAUCGGAGCAGGCUUGACGCAUAAUCCCGCCCGCCCCGCCGGCACUGGGAGGGGGCAAAUCUACACUGCCUGAACUCAAAUCCUCCAGAAGAGAUUUACGGAGCGCGCCGCUGCGGCUCCAUCCACCUUAUAGAGAGCGGACGUAGCGUUGGUUGCUUUCCCGUCGGCUGCAGCCCCACAGACGUUAACUACCCGACGCUAAAAGGACGUAUUGCGCUUUAAUAGGGGACUGAGUCCUGCUGGAAUCGCCGCGUCGCGCACGGAGGGCUGUUUGAUGCGCCCUGAGGCGCAGACGGGACCCGUCCGCACGCCGACGCCAUCGUCACCGGCAUCGCAGGUGGUUUUGACUCGCGUUGGUUACACCGGAGCUCUGGAGCCAUGACAGGUCCCCCGCUGGUCCCGCGGCCCGCCUGCUGACGGUACCCGGCAGGAUGGGAGCAGGUCUUCCGCUUUUAGGAUCCCGAACCAGCCGAUUUAUCAAUGGAGGAGGAGAGUGAUACCCGGAAAAUCAACAACAGCUUCCUUCGCGACCACAACUAUGCAACCGAAGCUGACAUUAUCUCGACGGUGGAGUUUAACUCUUCGGGGGAGCUAUUGGCCACCGGGGAUAAAGGAGGCAGAGUGGUUGUCUUCCAGAGGGAGCAAGAGAGUAAGAGUCAGCCUCAGCGUCGAGGCGAGUACAAUGUUUACAGCACAUUCCAGAGCCACGAGCCGGAGUUUGACUACCUGAAGAGUUUGGAGAUCGAGGAGAAGAUCAACAAGAUCAAAUGGCUUCCUCAGCAGAACGCCGCCUACUUCCUGCUCUCCACCAACGACAAGACGGUGAAGCUGUGGAAGAUCAGCGAACGAGACAAGCGUCCGGAGGGCUACAACCUGAAGGAUGAGGACGGACGAAUCCGAGACCCGUCCACCAUCACCUCGCUGCGGGUGCCAGUGCUGCAGCCCAUGGACUUGAUGGUGGAGGCUACAGCCCGGCGUGUGUUCAGCAAUGCACACACCUACCACAUCAACUCCAUCUCCGUCAACUCCGACCUUCAGACGUUCAUCUCCACCGAUGACCUCAGGAUAAACCUGUGGAACCUGGAGAUCACCGAUCGCAGCUUCAACAUCGUGGACAUUAAGCCCGGAAACAUGGAGGAGCUGACGGAGGUGAUCACCUCGGCGGAGUUCCACCCGCAGCAGUGUCACACCUUUGCCUACAGCAGCAGCAAGGGCUCCAUACGCCUGUGUGACAUGAGACAGGCCGCGCUCUGUGACCGACACUGCAAAUACUUCGAGGAGCCCGAGGAUCCGUCCACUCGCUCCUUCUUCUCCGAAAUCAUCUCAUCCAUCUCCGACGUGAAGUUCAGCCACAACGGGCGCUACCUGAUGACACGGGACUACCUCACUGUCAAGGUGUGGGACCUUCAGAUGGAGAACAAGCCACUGGAAACGUACCAGGUACACGACUACCUACGGGGCAAACUCUGUUCUCUGUAUGAGAACGACUGCAUCUUCGACAAGUUCGAGUGCGUCUGGAACGGAUCAGACAGCGUCAUAAUGACCGGCUCCUACAACAAUUUCUUCCGAAUGUUUGAUCGGAACACCAAACGCGAUGUCACGCUGGAGGCGUCCAGAGAAAACAGCAAACCCAGAGCCAUCCUCAAGCCUCGCAAGGUGUGUGUGGGAGGGAAACGGCGUAAGGAUGAAAUCAGCGUAGACAGCUUGGACUUCAGCAAGAAGAUCCUGCACACCACGUGGCACCCGCACGAGAACAUCAUCGCUGUGGCGGCCACCAACAACCUCUACAUCUUCCAGGACAAGGUCAACUAAAUGGCCACGGGGCUCUCCUGAGCCCAGGGGGCGUUGGAGGAUCCAGGAGCGAGCUGGGACCUGGUCCGCAUCCUUCUCGCCUCCCUGCGUCCUGUUGCUGCCGGCCUCGGAUCCUGCUGCUCUGCUCUGAGGCGGUGCAGAGCUGAUUAUCCAGUGACUGAGGAGGGAAGGUGGACAAUAGCGAUUCUGGGAAGCAGGGACGUGUUCCUUCUGGAUUCAGCUCAAGAAAGUCAAAAAUUAACUACCACUCUCUAUCGUUUAAUUUAUUCAGCUCCAAUGGACACCUGACGAAGUGAAUCCCUUGCAUUUAACGAAGGAGGUGCUGCCUGAAUCCGAUGAUGUAGCAGCCUCCUGGACCCUGAACAAAAGGGUGGAUGUGGCGACACUGAGCAUAAAAUAGAGCACACACACAGAAACCUAGCCUGUGACGGUGACUCGCUGUCAUGCAGCAACAGCGCCCCCUCUCUUUCAAUCUGCUCCAGGGCCUGUGAUCAAAGUGUCGGACGGCGCCACGUGCUGCAGAACUUCUACAGAAAAGACUGUUGACCUCUGACCCGAAGACACCCGGUCAGUCGGAGUACCGUUUCUGCCGAGACCGUUGUAGUUUGUAAUGUGAAUGAAGCCCCUCUGGGCGGUGUCCAUGGUUUUAUUUAACGCUGUUGUUUUCUCAAGUCCAUCUCUGUCAAUGAGUCUGUUUAGAAGCUGUGGUGCCUUCUUUUGGUAUGUUGGGGUUUGAUGUAGUGGGAUGCGGGAGGGGGGAGGGGGACACGCGGCGGGAGUGUGAAUGUUUCAAAUAAAUUGUUGACUUAGGUUUAAUUUUUUUUCUUCUUUUUCUCUAAACAAGAACAAAACAAACAAAAAAAGCUCAGCCGAGUUUCAAGUGCGGAAAGAGCUAAAAGUUGUAGUCGUGAUUACGUUUACAGCACUGACUACAUGCUGGUUAUGGUCGGGGGAGGAUGCUUUGACAUGUAUUAAGUAUUUUAUUGCUCCUUAGUCUGAUGUCAUCAGGUUGCAAGAGACAUGAAGAAGUCAAAAUAUAUUUUUUAAUUCCUGAUGAGAGCGAAACUUUAUCUCCUACAUCGUUUGUUUGGAUAGUGCUGAAUAGGAUCUGUAGAUGGUAGAAAAGCCAAACGACCUGCAAUCAAUGUUAAAAGCUCGAGUCUGAGAUUUCUCGACAUCCCAUAAUGCUAACCUAGCUCUGAUGACUUUGAAUCAGUUUAAACUGCAAAUACUGAGCUGAACAUCUACAGAUCGUCUGAGACACUAUGCAAAAUAUGACCUGCUUUCUCCACAAGAAGUCAAAAAGGUUUCAUCAGAAUCCGGUGUGUCUGUCCAUGCUCCUCCUCCUGAUGAAGGUCGGCUCUGAUGUCAUGUUUCAGAAGUCAGAUUUGUGUAAUGAGCCAACUCCCCUACAUGGAAACCAGUCAAAGGUCUAAAUGAACUCUGCAAAAUCAGGGAAUUCUUAAGUGUGAUUCCUUUAAACAGUAAUGUCUUCUAAACAACCUCCUUUGUGACACUAAUUAAAAAAAAAAAAAAAACUUU